UUUUUUUUCAGUAACCAAGACUUUAAAUUUUUAUUUUAUUCUCCUUUUUAUUUUAUUUUUAUUUUCUUUUAUUUCUUAAAUAUUUUACGUAGUAAAUUUGUCUAAUUAUGGGAAAGGUAACCCAAGAAUUAAAGUAUAAAAGACUUAAAGUUGGCCAUGCAUGUUAUAUUUGUCGAAGUAAAAAAAUAAAGUGUGAUGGUUUAAGGCCAUGUAUGCAGUGCAAAGCACGAGGCAGAAUAUGUCAACCUUCAAAACUCGAAUCUCAAAAUGAUACAUCAAGUGAAAACAAUACAGUUAAUCAUAGUCAAGAUGAAGUGGAUAGUAGUCAAAGUAAUGUGGAUUCAGACGAUGAUUCUAUCUUAUUUUCUCGUAUAAAGCAAUCGUCGAAUAUGGAUACGACAUCAAUAUCUACUUAUUCAGAUACAUGGACAGCAAAUGCAGUUCAAUAUGUAUCCGAGGAUAGUAUUAAAAAUAAUAAUCAAUUUCUUUAUGGUGAAUAUUCUGCUUUUGGUAGUUUUGUUCGUUGGAGAGAGGAACCACCACUUCCUCAUAAAUAUUCUUCAUCAGUGGAAAUGCCUUCAAAUGAAAUUCAGAUGCAUUUGAUUGAUUUAUUUUUUCAAACUAGAUACAAUUUUAUACCAAUCGUACCCAAGCAACUCUUUUACAAACAACUUCAAACAAAGGGUCCUCUUAUUACGCCUCUUUUAUUAAAUGCUAUUUAUUGCGUCGUUAGUAGAUUUUCAACUAGAAAGGAUGUUCCCAAAUCUUCAACCUUCUUCAACCGUGCCAAAAGAUUGAUCGAUGAUUUCUUAGACGUACCAAGAAUGAGUACCGUCGUCGCUCUAUGUCUCUUGUCUCUGUAUGAACCCAUUCCAAUUGCAUCAAAAUCUACCGUCGAUCAGCAUUGUCGUUCUUGGAUCUAUAGCGGUAUGGCCUUUCGGAUGUGUCUAGAACUUGGCUUAAAUAUGGAUACCCCUCAUUCGCGUGGUUGUCUAUCAGAAGACUCAAUUGAGCUUCGAAGAAGAAUCUUUUGGACAUGUUAUUGUCUUGAUAAAUUUCAAAGUGUAGAAUGGGAGAGGUUAUGGUCGAUUCCUUCUUCCCUUGCUAAAACUGCUUUACCUAAAGUUUUACCCGAUGACGACGAUGAAGAACGUUGGAUAUUAUGUGCGUUUCAACAAAAAAUAAAACUUUGUUUAAUUGCAGAAGAAGGUCUUCAAAUACGCGCAUCCUUUUCACUUCGUAAUGAUUUCCAUAAUGAACAAUUUUAUGAAAAGGUGGACCAAUAUCGUUUAAAGAUCCUUCACUGGCGAGAUAGUCUUUCACCUCAAACUAUUUGGAACCUUAAACAAAGCAAAACUGUAAAAGACGUGAUGAAUGAGCAUCAAAACUCACCUGUAUUUUAUUAUGUACGAAUGUUAUAUUAUUUUAUGUUAACCGAUGUCCUCUUUUAUUUACCAACGACAGAGCAGAAUGCUAACGAUCAUCGCAUGUAUGCUACUCAGCUUACAAAACAUAUUGAGUUUUUCUGUGACAAUCCUUCUAUGAUUGUUCGUUAUGAACUUAUCGCACAUGCUAUAAUUGCCGCUCUUCGUAUACAUAUUCGUUAUCUUGAUGAUAAAAACCAUCAAAUAGCACAACAAUCUUCUCAUCUCUUUAAUCGCUGUAUUGGAAUCAUACAAAAGCUUCAAAACUUUGCUAUCAUUCCUAAAAGCUCACCUGUUCUUCAGAAUUUAUCUACUAUUUGGCAAUCCUCUAGAAAAAUGAACCAUCCUAAUACGGUAACAAUAGAAGUUGCAUCUGAUUCAACUACCACUCAUCCACAACUCUUUCACACACAUCAUUUUAAUCAUACAUCACAUGAGAGCGAUCAACAAUUAAAAACAAACGUGAAUGAACAUCAAAUGCAGCAGUCUCAAUAUGAACAACAAUUAAAACUCGAUCCAAGCCGUACUACUACUACUAAUCGAAUUGAUCAUUUUAAUUUUCAAACUUCAGAUAAUAUAAGCCUAUCUUCAUCGUAUAAUAAUAUGACUCAUUCUAGUUCUAAUAGUCACAUUCAUUUUACUGAUCAAGAACAAUUUUGGGAAAACUCUAUACAAGAUGAUUAUCAAAAGAAUCAUAAUGAUGAUGACUCUAUACCUAUUUUAUCUGAAGACACUAUUUCACAUUCAAUGAAAACUCUAGACGUUGAAAGUCCUGAAUGGUUAAGUCCAAAGACAACUGAAUGCACUUGGUCAAAUUCUAUUGCAUCUCAACAACAACAACAACAACCGCAAAUAGUGUCUUAUGAGCACAGUAAUCCAAACCCUCUACAACAAUCCUAAUAGUCAUCAUUCGAAUACAAAUCCUGAUUUUUUUGUUGAAACAAAUAUUACCAAUUCUAUACCACCUCAAAAUGCUUAUUUUCCUACUAACUAAACUGUACUAAUUAAUCCAACUGUAUCAUAUGUAAAAACAUAGCUGGAAAAGUUGCUUCUCUUAUUUAUUUUUUGCACAUUUAUCAUGACUGUAUUUUAG